GGUGACCGAGCAAGAGCCGUGGCGUCAGAGCUCUCUGGAUAUUCAAAGUGAGAUCUGACAGAUAAAUAGAACCGUCGCGGCGAAUUGCACUACGAGCUACGAUUAUGAAAUAUGAAAGCGAAAAAGAGACGGUAUUAUGAUUGCUUCAACGACAGAGGAAUAACACAGGGACACGGAGCUGCUUAGUCGAAGUUUUGACAGGUGUCGAAGAAAAAAAGCGUUUGGACAUUAAAGGCGAAAGCCCCCUGACUAGAUCUCAAUCUACAUGUCUCAGAUGAGACUCCUGAACCCUCUGAAGAUGUGGAUGUUUUAUGCCUUACGAAAUACUUUGUCCCCGGCAGCAGCUUUCAGCAGUAGUCUGACUGAGGUGAUCAGUGUCUAAUGCUACAGUACCGUGCAGUUGUCCACAUUGAAAUUUGGCAUCAGCGCCACCCUUCAACCUGAACAUGAUGGUUUAGUGAGGGCACCACAAUGACAUCCAUGGUUGCCGAUGGGAUCCGAGAUGGCCAGUCACUGGUCCUGAAAGGAGUGGACCCUGAAACAUGCAUGAUUGUGUUCAAAAACCACUGGGCGCAGGUGGUAAAGAUUCUAGAGAAGCAUGAUCCACUUCGCAGUAAUGUUGGUGGCCUGGGUGGAGGUCACGGUCUUGGUGGGGGCGGAGGAAUCGGCAGCUUUCGUUUUGGUCCAAUCCCUGGCGAUGAGGCCAGCGCUGUGCAGAACUAUGUAGAGCACAUGCUCUUCCUUCUCAUGGAGGAGGAGUGUGGCCAAAAUGGAGCCAUGGGGCCCAUCCUGGAGUUUGUGGUUAUGGAGAACGUGUUGGAGAGACUGUUUAUCUGGAGCCUGAGGCGAGAAUUCACAGAUGAUAUGAAAAUAGAGCAACUGAAGAUGUAUGAGAUGCUGAUCGGGCAAGCCAGUCAGCCAUUACUUCAUCAUAAACCUGUACUGAAGCCCUUGAUGAUGCUCCUGUCAUCCUGCUCUGGCUCCCCGUCGGGUCCGAGCUCUUCCACUGUGGAGACAGAACUUGUGCUGCUCCUGAACCAGCUGUGCUGUGUCCUGGCUAAAGACCCGUCAGUCCUGGAGCUGUUUUUCCAUACAAGUGAGGACCAAGGAGCAGCUAAUUUCCUCAUCUUUUCCUUACUCAUCCCUUUCAUACACAGGGAAGGGUCAGUCGGACAGCAGGCCAGGGAUGCGCUUCUGCUUAUCAUGGCUCUCUCUGCUGAGAACAAUGUUGUGGCCAAACACAUUGCGGAGAACACCUAUUUCUGUCCGGUUUUGGCUACAGGUCUGAGUGGGCUUUACUCAUCUUUGCCUACCAAGUUAGAUGUACCAAGUGAGGAGUGGCACUGUUUGCACCGUGAAGACUGGCAGCAGCUGCCCGCUCUUGUGCAGUUUCUUAACUCCCUGGAGUUCUGCAACGCUGUCAUACAGGUGGCUCAUCCUUCCAUCAGAAACCAGCUGGUUGGCUACAUCCAUAAUGGUUUUCUGGUGCCUGUUCUAGCACCGGCAUUACACAAGCUGACACUUGAAGAGGUGAUGACCACAACAGCAUACCUGGACCUGUUUAUACGCAGUGUUUCUGAACCUGCAUUACUGCACACCUUCCUCAGCUUCAUCCUGCUCCAUCGCCAUGACAGUGUACAUAUUUUGGACACACUAGUCAGCCGCAUCAAUACUCCCUUUCAGCUUGGCACUGUAUCUCUGGCUCUGUUCCGCACUCUCAUUGGCUUAUAUUGUGAGGAUGUCAUGCUCCAGUUGAUUUUCAAGUACCUGAUCCCCUGUAACCAUAUGAUGUUGAGUCAGCGUAGAGUCCUGAGAGAGAGAGACUGUUAUUCUGUAUCGGCUGCCAAGUUUCUAGCCCUUACACCCUCUUGCUGCUCUCCAGAUAUCAUCCCCCCGCCACUUAGAAAACUGGACUCCAUCUUGUGGUCAAAAGUCACUGAUGGCUUCCAUACAGGAACAAUAGAAUCAAAGGAGGUCCGAUCAGAGGAGGACGACUGUGGUAACUCCUGUGUCAUUGGCUCAGAGAUUUACCUGGAUGUCAGUUACCUGCACUACUUGUACGAUGCACAAAGCGGCAUCAGUCACUGUAUGCGAGCAUGCCGUGUGUGGUCCGCCCCAUACGAUGGUGAGAACCCUCCUCCAGAGGAAUACCAGCGUAGUACCUUGGAAGAAGCAGGUAGGACUCGGCAACCAAUUGCCAGCAGGAAAACCCCAAAUCAGAUGCAUCGCUCUGGUCCACCCCUCAAAGAUCUCACUGCUACUCCCAGAAUGCUGGAGCUGGAGUGGGAUGAUAGCUAUGAUGCUUGUCCAACACAAUUGGAUCCAGAGGAAGAUCAGGAGACUCGUCCCAUCCCUGAGGAACCCCCAAAGCACAUUCAAGAACUAAGGAGAACUGCUAUUAUGAUUGUGAAGGGCUCUUACAUUGAAGAGUCUGAGUUUCAGAAUGAUGUUAUGGUCUAUGACCUGGUAGCUCAGAAGGAUGCCAAUGACUCUGGUAGCAACUAUCAUGUCUCAUCCAGCCCUACUGAACCAGCAGAGCAGGAGGUGUUAGAUGGACCAGUAACUGAUCAAAAUACUACAAAUUCAGAAUCUUCAAUGAGCAAUGGCUUGAGCUCCUCAGUAGAUGAAAUGGACAGUCAAAAGAGAGGGUCACAAUCAAACCACAAGUCAAUGGGUCCAGAAGGGGAGGACCUCAUGGCCCAGUAUGAGGAACUGAUUAGAACUCUGGGUGCACAGCCUAGUAGUCCAGCAAAAGCAGACAGUGAACUCAAGAGUCCUACAAACCUCAUGAAUGAUGAGGAAGAUGAGAUAGACUUUAACUCUUUCUCACCUGAGACACCAGAGGCAGAAACAUUGCUGUCUCCUUUUGGGACCAAACCUCGCAGUGGGAGCAAGGGUCAUUCUGUGCCUUUUACAGGGCCGUUUGUGAGUGUACUGCUGUCUCGUCUAGAAAACAUGCCGAGUAACGCGCUCCAUGUGAACUUGCUUCUGACCGGCAUCCUGGCUCAGUUAGCUUCUUAUCCUCAGCCCCUGCUGCGCUCCUUCCUUCUCAACACAAACAUGGUGUUCCAGCCCAGCGUCCGCUCACUAUACCAGGUACUGGCCUCAGUGAAGAACCAGAUAGAGCAGUGGUCCGCGAAUAAUAAAGACUUCCCUGAGCUCCUCACAGUUGCUCAGCACUGCUUAUUAGCCAGAGAGAGUUCACUAAGAGACUCUCAGAGUCCACAGACUGGAGAUUGGCUCCAUGGUUCUGAAGCAGACAGAAUCAAGAAGAACCAAAUCCAACCUAAAACUGUGGUUCCCCUAAACAAAACUGAGGUAUAUGCCACAGUUCUUUUCACAGAGUUCCUAAAAGAACUGGCAGCCAUUGCACAAGAACACUCCAUUCUUUCUCAUUUUCCCACAGACCAGUAGCCUUUGAUUCUGUGUUUGCUUGUUGUUAAUGUUUCCAGGAAACUUUUGACAUUUUUAAGGAAUUUUAGUUGAAAGCACUAAACCUCUAAAUUAAUGUGGCAUUUUUUUGGACAAUUUUUUAAUAUAUAUUUUUGAUGGGGGGAUACGUUCAGCAU